CCCCGAGGGUGCGCUGCACCGGCGGCUGCUGGCCGGCUCCUUCAUGCGCGCCGCCCGCUGCGCCAUGGCUCUGCCGGCGCCCGCGGGGUCCGCCGCCACCGCCCGGGGGUGCGCCGCGCCCGCCGUCAUGGAGUUUGCUGCGGAGGUGCUGGUGGCUGCGGCAGUGGCGGCGGCUGCGGCGGAGGCGGAAGAAGGUCAGACCAACAACGAAGACCCAGACAGCGAUGCCAACGCAGAUUCCGCUGCGGCCGGUCCCUCUGCUGCUGCCGACGGCGCCCCUGCAUCCGCGGCCUCCGACCCCUGCGGGUGGCUGUGCGAACUGGUGCUGGAGGAGGUGGUGCGGCUCGCCUCCCCGGGCAGUGGCUCGCUGGACCUGCGGGAGGGGCCGGUGCGGGCGUAUGCGGCGGAGCUGUGCAAGACUCCCAUGCGCCUGCUGGCCGGCCUCUCCGCGUCGCUUCCCGCUGCCCCCGCUGCGGCUGCGCCAGCCGUCCCCUCGCCCGCGGCAGCUGCUGCUGCCGACGCGGCACUGUGCACCAUCCGACGUCUUGUCUACUUCGGUCGGCGCGCGGUGACUUCGGCGGGUCAGGACCUGGGCGGGGUGGUGCCGGACACAGCCUACAAGAAGCUACAGGAGUUUGUGAAGGAGGUGGAGGCGCUGCAGCAGGGCAACACGGCCCCGCUCUCGGAGCAGGAUGCGGCGCCCCUCGUGCAGGCCCUGCUAGCCCAGCUGGACGGCCUCCCCUCCCUGGAGGACGUGCAAGCGCCCCUCCCGCCGGAUGAGAGCUGGGACGCAUCGGAUGCCGCCGCCGCGGCUGCUGCGGGCGGUGCGGGUGCGGCGAAGCGGGGCGGAGGUCGGGGCAGUCGGGCAGGUCGGAGCGCAGCGGCCACAACUUCCGGACGCGGUGGUGCCAGAGGACGGGGCCGUGGUGGCGCCAAGGCCUCCGCCUCCGGCCGUACCUCGGGUCGCGCCUCCUCCCGCCGCACCAAGGAUGCGGACAGCGACGAUGACGAUGCGGACAACGACCAGGACUCUGCCGACACAUCGGGGUCCGAACGCGAGGCUGCAGCAGCACCACCCAAGGCUCCUGCGGGUGCUGCUGCAGGUCGCAGACGUGCCGCUCCCGCCUCCUCCUCCCGGACCGCCGCCGCGACUCGGGGCGCGGCGCCCGCCUCUGCCUCCCGUCCCGCUGCCUCCCAGGACUCUGGUCUCACCGCACCUGGCUCCGCGACAGGUUCGGUUUCGGGCGCCGCUUCCACGGUGGCGGGAAGGACCACCACAGCAGGGGAGGCGGCGGCGAGUCAGGGGGAGCAGCGGCGGUCGAGUCGCGCGGCCGCUGCCAAGGCUGCUGCGAAGCUGCAGCGUUUGAGUGUGCGGGAUGAUGGUGGUGGUGCGGGAAGUGGUGGGGAGCGGGAUACGGGCAGCGAUGAGGAUGGGGGUAGCAUGGUGCGGAGGGCACGGGUGCGGGUCAGGAGCUGAGGGAGGAGCAACAGGAGGGACAGGGCGCCAAUGCGCUGCGUGUGUUCGUGCUGUUGAUUGAGGCUCCACCUCGUGGUGACAGCAGCUGGAAGUGGGGGCAGCGCGGAGCCUAGGAAUUAGGGCAGGGGACGUAACAGCGUGUGGGUAGUAUCUCGGCAUGACAUGGGAACUAUCGGGAUUCUCGGUGAUUUGCAGCUCCGUAGAUAGAUGGCGUGAAUAGCAGUAAUGAAACACCCACAGUGUUCAAGUCCAGCCAUUACGCAGGACGUCCACGCCAACAGGUGUCAUCACAUGUAAUCACCCCGGACA